GGGCCUGGGGAGGGAGUGGGUGCGGUGCCGAUGGUAAGAGUAAUAAGUUCGUGGCCGUGGCCUUGGGAAGGUUGUUUGGAGUUUCUGGAGGCUGGGGUUCGGGACCCUUUCUGGAGGAUGAUGACCAACCCUGAAGGGCAGUCGUGGGUUCAUGCAGGUUUUACAGCUCUUUAGAACAUUGCACAGAACAAGACGACAAGUUUUUAAAAAUGAUCCCAGAGCAUUAGAAGCAGCCAGAAUAAAGAUAAAUGAAGAAUUCAAAAGUAAUAAAAGUGAAACUUCUCCUAAGAAAAUAGAAGAGCUAAUGAAAAUAGGUUCUGAUGUUGAACUGUUGCUUAGAACAUCUGUUAUACAAGGCAUUCACACAGACCACAAUACCCUGAAAUUGGUCCCUAGGAAAGAUCUUCUUCUAGAAAAUGUACCAUACUGUGAUACACCAACUCAGAAGCAGUGAAUUUUCUAGGAUAAAACAAGACUUUGUAUAUUUUAACUAUAAAAUGUGUAACUGGCAAAAGUCCUGGAAAUAUUGAAAAUGUAUGAAUUAAAGAGUAACAUCAUAAUUUAAUUCUACAUUAAAWGGACAUUGCUAAGAACUACAGAACAUAGUUUUGGUUUUGGUUUUGGUUUUUGUGGUGCUGGGGAUUAUACCCAUGGCCUAUUCAUGCUAGGUAAUUGCUCUGCCACUGAGCUAUAUCCUCAGCCCUAUAGUUAAGUAUUUUUAAAGGACAUUAGAGAAGAUAAUUUAUUUUCAUUGAAAAUCAAACUUUAUAAAGUAAAACUUAGGGAGGUAUAUCAAAUUCACUUCUUUUAGACCUUUAUAAGUGUUCUGCUCUUACCAAAGUUAUUUGGAAAUUUCAUGUUUUGAAAAGUUGUAAGUUUUCCUCCCAUGGAAAUUUAAUUAGAUGUAAAUUAUUAGAUUAAAUUAAUGUUUAGUCUCCAAAUUAUUAAAAUGGCCAAAAGAGUCACAGCUCUCCACAGAAAGUAUUCUUUGUUUCCUGAAUAUUGGAAUUAUUUCUGAAACUAAUAAAUAAUUAUAGCUUUUUUUUUUUUUAGACAAUAGACAGGUUCUCUGUGUCCUUAUAAAGACAUUUUUAAUCAGUCUUCUAAAGACAGAUGAGUAAAACCUCAAAAUCACUUAGAGUCACUAUAGAAUAAAGAAACCCUAAUUGUUUUAAUGAAAUGGUGGGCUCAAUCAAACUGGGUAUGGCCUUACUAGAAUUAGCUGUAUUUAGACCACAGUUGACUUUACUGUGCAAAUGUAACAUAUGGCUAUAUUCACUUUGCUUAAAUCAAUAAAACUUAAAUGACUUUUCUUCUUCUACAUGUCCCAUCCUUGGGAUGAGACUGAAGAAUCACAAAAGGCCCUAGCAUUCUACCAUCUAAUGCUAGAAGCUGGCGCUGGGGAUGUGGCUCAGCRGUAGCGCGCUCGCCUGGCAUGCGUGCGGCCCGGGUUCGAUCCUCAGCACCAUAU